GUGACCAAGUGGACCCCCAAACAAGUGGUGGACUGGACUCGAGGUGAGGAUGGUGUCCUUUGUCAAUAAUAAUAACUAGAAUUGUGUAGCGCUUCACAGUUUGCUAAGAGCUCUCUCUGUGUUCUUGCCUUUGGUCACCACAGUAGGCCCGUGAGGUUUAGACGACUGCCUGCAGCCAUAUGUCCACAAGUUUGAGCGGGAGAAGAUAGAUGGGGAACAGCUGCUGCGGAUUUCCCACCAGGAUCUGGAGGAGCUGGGAGUCACACGAAUUGGACACCAGGAGCUAGUGUUGGAGGCUGUUGACCUUCUUUGUGCACUGAAUUAUGGUCUUGAAACUGAUAAUAUGAAGAAUUUGGUUUUGAAACUGCGGGCAUCUUCCAACAAUUUACAGAAUCACAUAAGUAGCCGGCGGAAAAAUCCAGCUUAUGAUGGGAACACAUCCCGCAAGCCCCCCAAUGAGCUCCUGACUUCAGUGGUGGAGCUCAUAGGUGCUGCCAAGGCUUUGCUGGCUUGGCUGGACCGGGCUCCAUUUACAGGGAUCACUGAUUUCUCUGUAACGAAGAACAAAAUCAUUCAGCUUUGCUUAGACCUGACCACUACAGUCCAGAAGGAUUACCUUGUAGCAGAAAUGGAGGAUAAAGUUUUAUCUGUAGUCAAGGUUUUAAAUGGCAUCUGUGACAAAACAAUUAGAUCUGCCACAGACCCUGUUAUGAGCCAGUGUGCAUGCCUGGAGGAGGUUCACUUACCCAACGUUAAACCUGGCGAAGGCUUGGGCAUGUACAUCAAAUCAACAUAUGAUGGAUUGCACGUGAUUACUGGAACCACAGAAAAUUCUCCUGCAGACAGAUCUCAGAAGAUUCAUGCUGGUGAUGAAGUCAUUCAAGUUAAUCGGCAAACUGUGGUGGGAUGGCAGCUAAAAAACCUGGUGAGGAAAUUGAGAGAGAAUCCCACUGGAGUUGUGCUACUGCUUAAGAAGAGGCCUACGGGUUCAUUCAACUUCACUCCAGCUCCUCUGAAGAACCUGCGGUGGAAGCCACCUCCUGUGCAGACCUUGCCCCCACCCAUGACAACCCAGUCCCCUGAAAGCACCUUGGAUACGUCGCUGAAGAAGGAGAAGCCAGCCAUCCUGGAUCUGUACAUUCCUCCUCCACCCGCGGUCCCCUACUCUCCCCGGGAUGAGAAAGGGAGUUUUGUUUAUGGAGGAUUCAGCAAGUGUAAACAACCACUGCCCAGGCCUAAGGGUUCAGAGUCCCCAAAUUCCUUCUUGGAUCAAGAGAGCCAAAGACGAAGAUUUACCAUUGCGGAUUCUGAUCAGUUGCCUGGGUAUUCAGUGGAAACCAAUGUUCUACCCACAAAAAUGAGAGAGAAAACACCAUCUUAUGGCAGGCCCCGACCUUUGUCCAUGCCUGCAGACGGGAACUGGAUGGGGAUUGUAGACCCUUUUGCCAGACCUCGAGGUCAUGGGAGGAAAGGGGAGGACGCCCUUUGCCGGUAUUUCAGUAAUGAGCGGAUCCCACCAGUCAUCGAAGAGAGCGCCUCCACCGGGUACAGGUUCUCCCGGCCCGCGACAGAGCGGCAGCUGGUGCGCGGUGCAGACUACAUCCGUGGGAGCAGAUGCCACAUCAACGCAGACCUGCACAGCAGCGCCACCAUCCCGUUCCCGGAGGAGGGGAGUAAGAAGAAGGCGGCCUCCGCGGAGCCGUCCCUGCUGGUCAGCUGGCUCACGCGCCUGAAGCUGUUAACUCACUGAGGCCUCCGCGGGCGCCUGCUCCUAAGUGCCUUGUUCCCGGGGACCCGAGUGACCUUGCAUCAUUUCCUUUGUAUUUCGUAGAAAGUUGUAUACUGCCCUAAUUAGACCUUGGAAGUGAUUGAUGGCAGAACAUCCAGGGGGUCCUAGGGGCCGCUCAUGGAGGCAGGAGAAGGACAUGGAGGCACAUCUACAAAUCGGGUGUUGGCCAGACGCGAUGUGGUUAUUGUUGGGGGCCUGUAGCGUCUGCUAUUGUGUUUUCUUGGGUGAGGGGACUCAGAUUCGUGGCUUUUGUCAUGUAGAUGUGUUGGCUUCUGGUCCACCUUCUUUACCUGAAAAAGCCAGUAGGAGAAAAGAUUUAUGUCUAGAUUUUUAAAGCAUAAUGUAUCAUUAUUUGUAAAUACUGUGGCUUCGACUUUGAAAGCACACGUGGCAAGUGUGUGAGGCUCUUCAGAGCAGAGGUUUACGUAGGUCUGUUACAUUUGGUUGCUCCCCUUACUCAGCAAGCUCAGCCUAGGUCAGUUAAUACAGAAGAACAUGUGGAUGAGCUUGUUACACACAGAGGAGUGUGGUUAUUUGUGAGAGGAAUUGUCGUCCUUGUAUAUUAUUGUCUUUAAGGGAAAAGAAGCUAUAAGAUUUGCUGAAAGCCAAAGUAUCAUUCAGAAAAGCUAAAGCAACAGGAUUUAGGUUUGUGAGAGAUCUAUCAGUUUGCAUUUUGGACCUGUUUGAUGUCUGUCUUUUGGGAAGAACCUACAGUUCUUCAACAUUGGACACAUUUUCCUAAUUAGAAAUAUCUUGGAAAGCCUCGUGGUCACUAACUUUCAAAUAGCUUCAGGUAUUUUGAAAAAGUGCAUCUGAAUAUUAACUCUUGUUUAAACUGAAUGUAUGAUAUUUUGUUAGAAUGGAAAAGUACUGUCUUGUUAAUUUAAGUGUUUUAAAUAUAGUUGUAUAUUUUUCUUACUCUAAGUCACAUGUAAUUGAAAUAUUUGUUUUGCGUCAUUCACGAAGUUAAUGAAAAUGAGUGUUGAAGGUGUUUUUAGACUUACAAGUGACCAGCCUGUUUUUUGCCAGUUUGGGCACUAAUAUUAAAAAACACAAUAAAGCCUCAGGCAUUUUGGGAUUUUUAUGAAUUAGUAGUGGAGGCGCUGAAGGAACAUAUGUAAAAUAAAAUUAUAAUAGGGGAAUUCUCCAAGGUAUAUUCCUAGGCGUAGCUGGUAUCCCCUACCUCAAAUACAUACUUUCACACUGUGGAAUUGUUUACUUUGCUGACUUGCCUGAAAUUCAGCCCAUGAGAAAUUCACACCAGUCAGUAAAACUCUUUCCUCUAAAAUGCCUCUGCUGUAGUGAGGUUAAGGGAGCCAGCAGCCACUCAUGUGAGUGUGACUGAAGUCAUAGGGGCUAUUUUCCUGUUAGCCUCAGAGGGAGCUGCAGGAAGAUAGUGUAUUGCGUGGAGGACAGGACCUACAUGUGCUAUGCAGACUAGGUAAGAAGAUCUUGAAAGGCAAGAUUGAUUGGGUGCCUCAUAUGUAACAGGGCAGAGUGUAUUCACAGGACACUGGUGGCGGGGGGGGAGCUACAUAAAAGGAGAGCCAGACUUGCCAAUUCUACCAUUCACUGAGCUGGCUCGGUGCCCAGAAGUGGGUCUGUUUCCUUUUGCUCCUAGAUUUAGGGGAGGGCUCUUGUGUUGCAGUUCCACUACUUAAUGAUUUAAAAACCUUCGGAGGUCUUAUCUGGCAUGGUGGUCCCUUGUCUAUGGGGAAAAUACCACUUGUAAAUUGAAGCUGAACUUUCAGAACUCACUCUUAACUCUGCAGCAUCAAAUCCCACUUCUCAGACCUCUCCUGAAGCCCCAUGGGAAGGUCAGAGAAGGUUCUACUUCACCUACCUAGUUAGUCCUCCAUAGUUUUGUUUUUAUUUGUACUUUUAUGUGGGAUUCUCUCCUGAAUAAUAUUUGUGAAAUACAUUGCUGCUAAAAAAUUUUUGUACACCUCUAUUUUUAAAAUAUAUAAAUGAUAGCUGAUAUGAAUUUCUUAGAAAUGAAUGGAAAUUGCUUUCCUCCACAUUAAUCCAGGUUAAUGGUGGACACAUGUUAACAUAUGAAGAUGCAGGAUUAAAUAAUUUAAAAGCGUUCUUUUAGUCUUAUCAGCCCUAUUCAAGCCUCACCUUUUAAAAUAAUAAAUAUUUUAUAACAUCUCUAUAAUCAUCAAAUAAAAAUCAGGUAAGACAUUCACACAAAAAAAGCAUCACACCCCUUACUAAUGUGAAAUGAAGUUAACUGGUAAUAUAACCUACUUCAAAGCAGGCACACAGUGUCAGGUCCUUACUGAAGUAUAAGAGUUUUACAGUGGUAUUAUUUUAAUAUGUAAAUGUUCUGGCAUGAUUAUAUUAUAGGUUAUUAAAUGAUGAAACAAGUGUGUAUAUAUGAGGUGAUUAAAAAAUGUUUUUAAAUUUUAAAAAAUUAUUACUGUAAAAGACAUGCUACCAUUAAUCCCCUUCUAAAUGCUUUCCCUUGCUUCAAACACAUUUAUCCCAUUGUUCUUGUCCCUUUCUGAAGCAGUUCUGGAAGUCCUCUUUUGUGUCAUUAGCUGUGCUGUCAUGGCUGCCUCUAUGUCCCGAAUUGCUUCAAAAUGUUUGACUUCUGGUGGGAAAGAGCCAGAAGUUGUACAGCAUCAGAUCUAGUAAAUAAGGUGGCUGAGGACACACAGAAAAGCUUUUACAAGUCUAUAUUUCUGUUGGAUGGCACUUUGCAGCAGCAUUCAUUGUAUUUUUGCUCACACUUUGUAAGGACACAAAAGACGACUUCUAGAACUGCUACAGAAAGUGGCAGGAAUAAUGGAAUAUAUGCUCAAAGCAAGGGAGAGUAUUUUGAGGGAGAUUAAUGGCCAUGUAUGGUCUUCUACUGUAAUAAAAUUAAAAAUGUUAAACAUUUUUGAUUACCGCAUGUAAAUAAGUACUGUAUAUGUACAUGUAUAUGUAUACAUGUGUGUUUCCACAUGUACACAAUAGCUGUAUGUAGCACACACAUGGUAGCUAUAAAUGCAGACCAAUACAGGCCAGCUUACAUUGGCCAUUCAAUACUAGUAGCUAGACUGAUUUUCCAAAAUGUGGUUAAUUCCUGAUAAAGGUUGAGAUAAAACAGAUGUCUGUGAUAGCUUCACUUUACCGAGUUUACUGUGUGCCUAGAAGUGUUUCAAAAGCUUACUGUCUCCAUGAGAUGAGUGCCGCUGUUACUCCCAUUUUACUUGGGAGGAAGUUAUCCCAAGCUACGCAGCUAAUACAGUCAUGGCAGAGCUAGAGGGAAGGUGGAGGCUGUCUGGUUCUGGCUUCUGUGCUCAUCGUCAGUCCUGCACAGGCUCCCUUCAUGUAUAGGACACUCUAAUUGCAUUCCUGAAAAAUCCAAAGGAUUUUGAAACUGAGCUAUAAUUCUGUUUGUAUAAAAAGUGAAAGCAUAUACAGUAUAUAAUUUUAAACUAGAUUUUCAUCCCCUUGAAUAUUUAGGGAACAAUUGAAAGUGCUAGUAGGCUCGAGUGUGUGUGUGUGUGUGUGUGUGUGUUUGUGUGUGUGUGUGUGUGUGUGUUCCAGUCCUUUUAUUUUUUAUUUUGAAAGAAGGACUCACAAAGUUUCCCAGGCUGGGCUUCGUCUUGCAGUCCCUCUGCCUCAGAAUCUUAGAGUGCUGGUAUUACAUGCAUGUGUCACCAUGCCGGCUAAUUGAGUUAUUCUUUGCUGCGAUGAGUCUGUUCAUAGGUGUCUAUGAUCUCACCUAGUAAAUGCAAGUAGUGGCCUCCCAUUACCACUACCUCCCAGUCGCCUCUAUUUCCAAAAUGGCCUCUAGGGGGCAGUACCGUCUAUUUUAGAACAAAGGUUCUGAAAGAAAAUCCUGUUAAUACUAUUAAGUAGUGUUUCAAUGUAUGUAUUUGUCCAUUUCCUGUCUCUAUUUAUAUCUGCUCAGAUGUUUUUUUUCUCCCACCAAACAUGGAAUUUUGGAAUCUGUUUCGUGGGGUUUUGUUGUUUUAAUUCCCCCACCCCAACCCCAGGCCAAAGCACUUGUUGCUUGCUUUGGCCUAAUGACCAUCAGCAGCCCCACAUUUCACUUCAUUAGCUUCAAAAAAAGUCCUUCUAAGAAGUAUUUACUCAUAGCUUCCAUCCCCCAAGAGUUGCAGGAAGUAAACCUCUGUUUAACAUUUCGAAUUUUACCAGUGAAGAAAAACCUCAUGUUAUCUUUUUCACCCAGGGCAUGAACGGGUUGGAGAUUACGGCCUCAAAUGGAUGUUCUCACCUAUUGUAUAUGUGAUUAGUUUUCACAGACCACUGGUUCACAUUCUCUUCCCACCCUUAUUAAUAAGUGCAUGACAUAAUUUCCUUUGGGAUGAAAAUAAUCACAAACUACUUGCCUAAAGAUUAUGUGAAAGGUAAACAUCUUAAAAAAUAAACUACUUUUGGUGGUCA